AUGGCGGCCGCAGAUGUUCGUGAUAUGCUUGAUCUGCCUGCGGAUGGGCAACCCAGGCCGGCCAAAAAGCAGAAAGUCGUGGAGAAGAGACCUGAGGGUAUUACAAGAGAGCUAUACGCUUUACUGGGGGAGCGCGCGCCUCCUAUUGCCCUGAACGAGAACAAGUACAAAGGGCGGCGGAAAUGGAUGAGCAAGCUUAAAGUGAGGCCAUGGGACGUGACUCCGUUCAAGAACGCUGCCCGAAAUGACGAUCUUAUAUUAAAGCAUUGGAAAAGGAAACCUGUGGCUAAAAAUCCGCCGCCAAACGCUGAACCCGGGCAGGAAGGCGCCUCAGACAGGGUAACAGAAGACACUUCUGCUACAGAACCUGAAGAUACGUCUUCCUUUGCGAAGUAUAACAUUAAGGCUCAGCAUCCCCGGAGAUAUACGACAGAGGAAUACGACAAACUCUUGAAGAGUGAUAUAUGGAGUCGCGAGGAAACAGACUAUCUUAUGGAUCUCGUCGAAGAGUUUGACUUGAGAUGGAUAGUAAUCGCCGAUCGAUAUGACUUUCCUCCGAAUAACCCUGCAAUGGCGGAUGGCAGUUCGUCAACGGCACUCGUCGCUCCAACUAAACGUCGAACGAUGGAAGAGAUGAAAUCGCGAUACUAUAAUGUUGCAGCUCACAUGCUGGCACUCGAACAUCCGCUAUCCGAAAUGUCAGAAGCGGAGUUUGACAUUCACGAAAAGAUGAUGAAAUUUAACCCUGAGCGGGAGAGGGCCCGAAAGGAACUGGCCAACACUCAGCUAAAUAGGACCAAGGAGGAAGUUAACGAGGAAGCUCUGCUGCUCGAAGAACUGAAGAGGAUCGUUGCCAACGAGAGCCAAUUUAUAGACGAGAGAAAGGAGCUAUAUGCGCGGCUCGAGGCGCCAGUCAGCACUGGCAAUACCGCCAUGUACCAGACCAGCCAAGGCUUAUCCCAACUAUUACAAUCUCUUCUACAAGCGGAUAAGAACAAGAAGCGUCGUCCACUUCUCGGUCCGGACACAGGUGUAUCAAGUCCGGUAGGAAGCGUCCCUCCAGGGGGACCGUCAGCCCGUGAAAGCAGACCGGAAACUCCAGCUCCAACUCCAGCUGCCCAAAGCAACAACAAGAAAGGAGCAGCUGCGAAUGCAGCGGCCCAGCCAACGGUUCGAACCCUCACACCAAGCGAAGAAGUGAAAUACGGCGUCACACACCACGACCGCUUAACUUCCGGCGUUCAGUUCCGAAACGACAAAGCCCAAAAACUCACCCAGGCCAAAUCCAACAUCCAAUCCCAGAAGCUUGCUGCCGCCCUUACAGAGCUGGAUAUCCCACCGCGCCUCUUCAUGCCUACAGAGAGAGUAUGCAAGGAAUUCGAGAAGCUGAUUCACCAGGUCAACUUGCUGCUUGAUACUCGUAAAUUUGCUGAGAAAGUGGAGGGUGAGAUCCGUGUUUUGGAAGCUAGCAAGCUGGAAAGAGAGAGGAGGGAGAAUGAGAAAGCAGGUAUCUCUAUUAAUGGUAAUGACGAUGCCGAUGGCACCGUGGGCACGGCGAAUAUUUCAGAUACAGCAGGGGCUUCUGGAACUAAAGAAGCGACCGAGGCUGAAGCUAAGGCGACGUCUCCUGGAAAAGCUGCGCCUGUGAAAGCAGAGGCAGCGGCAAGCUCGCCUAUGAAGGGAUCUGGAGCUGCUCAUAAACGAAGUGCCAGUGUGCUUAGCGUGGUUAGUGAUAAAAGCGCUAAAAAACAAAAGAGAUGA